AUGGCUUCUGGAUCUUACUGGUGCUACAGCUGCAGCCGAUUCGUCUGGAUCGCCGAUUCCAUUUCCUGCCCUGACUGCGACGGCGGUUUCCUCGAGCAUAUCCAGGAGCCUGUUGAUUUCACACCUUCCGAUUCUUUCCACCGUGUCACUACUCAACAUCGCAGCCCUACCAGAUUCCCUCCUUCUUCCACUACCUCCUCUAUGCACGCUUCCACGGCCGAGAACAGUCCCACUCCCUCCUCCGCCAUUGUUACACGAACGCGGAGCAACCGGUCUCCUAAUCCGGUGAUUGUUCUCCGCGGAUCUGGUCCGUCCGAUGUUUCCGAAGGCUUAGAUCGAUCCUCUUUCCAGAUGUAUUACGACGACGGUACGGAUUCCGGUCUUAGACCGUUGCCGCCGAGUAUGACGGAGUUUCUGUUAGGUUCUGGGUUCGAUCGGUUGUUAGAUCAGAUCUCUCAGAUCGAGCUCAACACGAAUCGGAACAACCGCUCGUGUGAACAUCCGCCGGCUUCUAAAUCGGCGAUCGAAGCUAUGCCGGUGAUCGAAAUCGAUCCGACUCAUCUCCAAUCGGAUUCUCAAUCCCACUGCGCCGUCUGCAAAGAGAACUUCGUUUUGGAAUCCGCCGCUCGGGAGAUGCCUUGUAACCACAUCUACCAUCCCGAUUGCAUCCUUCCAUGGCUCGAGAUUAGAAACUCUUGCCCGGUCUGCCGCCACGAGCUACCGGCUGAGGAUAUUACGGACGUAAGCGGUGGUGGUGCUGUUGUAACUGCCACCGCCGGUUCCGCCGUAGUAGCUCAUGAGGAAGAGGAAGACUCUGCGGCUGGACUUACGAUUUGGAGGUUGCCAGGUGGAGGAUUCGCGGUAGGGAGAAUCCCCGGAGGAUGGAGAGGAGGAGAUAGAAUGAUGCCGGUGGUGUACACGGAGGUUGACGGCGGGAGACUCGGCGACGAGAGACUUCCGAGGAGAGUAGCGUGGGGCUCGAGAAGAGGAGGGAGAGAUGGAGGUAGUAGAGAGAGAGCCGGUGGGUUUGCGGGUCGGAUCAUGAGACUGUUCGGAUGUUUCAGCGGGUCAUCUGGAUCCAUAGCUGCAGUAACAUCAUCAGGGUCCGGGUCGAGAUCACGGGUUACCCGUAGGAACAGGUCGUCGUUUUCUCUGUUCAAUAGUGCGUCGUCUUCGUCAAGGAGACGAAAUUGGCUAGCGUGA